UGAAGUUAUACUUCUCGAAGUUGAAGAAACCCUAUUGUGAGAGUGUGAGAGAGACAGAGAGCGCGCGCUGCAGCAGCAACCAUGGUGCACGUCUCGUUUUAUCGCAAUUAUGGGAAGACGUUCAAGAAGCCUCGUCGUCCGUACGAGAAGGAGAGGCUGGACGCGGAGCUGAAGCUGGUGGGAGAGUACGGACUCAGAUGCAAGAGGGAGUUGUGGAGGGUGCAGUACGCACUCAGCAGGAUCCGCAACAACGCCAGAACUCUCCUUACUCUCGACGAGAAGAACCCUCGCCGGAUCUUCGAAGGUGAGGCUCUCCUCCGAAGGAUGUUCCGUUACGGCCUCCUCGACGAGACUCAGAACAAGCUCGAUUACGUCCUCGCUCUCACCGUCGAGAACUUCCUCGAGCGCCGCCUCCAGACUCUCGUCUUCAAGUCCGGCAUGGCCAAGUCCAUCCACCACGCCAGGGUCCUCAUCCGCCAGCGCCACAUUAGGGUUGGAAGGCAGGUGGUGAACAUCCCAUCAUUCAUGGUUAGGGUUGAUUCCCAGAAACACAUUGACUUCUCGCUCACAAGUCCGCUCGGUGGUGGCCGUCCUGGAAGAGUGAAGCGAAGGAACCAGAGGGCUGCUGCCAAGAAGGCUUCUGGUGGAGAUGGUGAUGAGGAAGAUGAAGAUUAAACUAUAUGGAUAUAUCUCUUCUCCCUACUUAGAACUUUUUCAAGCAUUUCAUUUUCUGUUUCUCUCUAGACUUGUUAGUUUUCUGCCAUGAUUAACUCUUAUAAUUUUGCAACCUAUGUUUUUGUUUGAGGAAAAGCUUUGCUAAAAAACGUUCGGACAUUUUUUGUUUAAAAUUGUUCUUAUUUAUACAAAAUUUUGCGCCAAA